AGACCUACUACCAACUCCUAUCAAAAGGGGAAAAUACAGAGCUCCAUUAACCCAUCUUAUCCUUAAAUCUCUCCGCCCGCUCUCUAAACCCUAGUUCCCUUCCUCCGCCCUCGCAUUCCGUUUAUUUCUUCCGGAUAAGAUGGCUUCAACCUUCACAACCAUGUCAUCGGUUGGAUCCAUGGCUGCCCCUGCGAUGGAUAAGAGAGUAGCUGCGUCUCCUUCAAACAAGUUGUCUUCCCUUGCUUCAGUUUCCGGAAGCUCAUUCGGGAGAAGAAAGCAGAAUGUUGGUUUGAGGAAUUCACGUUUGCCUAUGACCUGUAAGGCAGCCAAGGAGUUGCAUUUUAACAAAGAUGGCUCAGCGAUUAAGAAGCUGCAGACUGGUGUGAACAAGCUUGCCGACCUUGUUGGAGUUACACUGGGACCCAAGGGCCGCAAUGUCGUUCUCGAGAGCAAGUAUGGAUCCCCGAAAAUCGUGAAUGAUGGUGUAACUGUUGCCAAGGAGGUCGAAUUGGAGGAUCCAGUCGAGAACAUUGGUGCCAAGUUGGUCCGACAGGCUGCUGCCAAGACUAACGAUUUGGCUGGUGAUGGCACAACGACAUCUGUUGUCCUUGCUCAAGGCCUUAUUGCUGAAGGCGUUAAGGUUGUGGCAGCUGGUGCAAACCCUGUUCUAAUUACUCGAGGCAUUGAGAAGACAACCAGGGCUCUUGUCAAGGAACUUAAGUUAAUUUCGAAAGAGGUUGAAGACAGCGAACUUGCUGAUGUUGCUGCAGUUAGUGCUGGAAACAAUUAUGAAGUAGGGAAUAUGAUUGCUGAAGCAAUGAGCAAAGUUGGUCGAAAGGGUGUUGUGACUUUGGAAGAGGGUAAAAGUGCAGAAAACAACCUUUACGUUGUGGAGGGAAUGCAGUUCGACCGUGGUUAUAUCUCACCUUACUUCGUAACCGAUAGUGAGAAAAUGUCUGUUGAAUUUGAUAACUGCAAGCUGCUUCUUGUUGAUAAGAAGAUAAGCAACGCAAGGGAUCUUGUUAACGUCCUGGAAGAUGCAAUUAGAAGUGGAUUCCCCAUUGUGAUAGUCGCUGAAGACAUUGAACAGGAAGCUCUUGCAACGCUUGUUGUGAACAAGCUUAGAGGAGCUCUGAAGAUUGCUGCUCUGAAAGCUCCUGGUUUUGGAGAGAGGAAGAGCCAGUAUCUUGAUGACAUUGCUAUUCUUACUGGAGGAACUGUCAUCAGAGAGGAGGUGGGUCUUUCAUUGGACAAAGUUGGCCGGGAGGUGCUAGGAACUGCUUCGAAGAUCGUACUUACUAAGGAUACUACGACAAUUGUUGGUGAUGGGAGCACCCAGGAAGCAGUAAACAAGAGAGUUGCACAAAUUAAAAACCUUAUUGAGGCUGCAGACCAAGAUUACGAGAGGGAGAAACUCAAUGAGAGAAUUGCAAAGCUGUCUGGUGGUGUUGCUGUGAUCCAGGUUGGGGCGCAAACUGAGACUGAGCUGAAAGAGAAGAAAUUGAGAGUUGAAGAUGCUUUGAAUGCAACUAAGGCAGCAGUAGAGGAAGGUAUCGUAGUUGGUGGUGGUUGCACUUUGCUCAGACUUGCAUCAAAAGUAGAUGCUAUUAAGGAAAGCCUCGAAAAUGACGAAGAGAAGGUUGGUGCUGAUAUUGUGAAGAGAGCUUUGAGCUACCCGUUGAAACUAAUUGCCAAGAAUGCCGGAGUCAACGGCAGUGUAGUGAGCGAGAAGGUACUAUCGAGUGAUAAUCCUAAGUACGGGUACAACGCUGCAACGGGGAAGUACGAGGAUCUAAUGGCAGCUGGAAUCAUUGAUCCAACCAAGGUGGUGAGGUGCUGCCUGGAGCAUGCCUCCUCCGUGGCAAAGACAUUCUUGAUGUCCGACUGUGUAGUGGUGGAGAUCAAGGAACCCGAGCCAGUGGUUGCCGGCAACCCCAUGGACAAUUCAGGAUAUGGGUACUGAUGAAGAUUAGAGGCAAGGGGAAGCAACAGUAGAAGAAUAAAGAGAAGGAAUGUCAAGUUCAGGGGAGCAAUUGCAAUUUGCAAGAAGAGUGAAGGACUUUGGCGCUUCAAUGGUUCUGGGUAUUGGAUUACGGUGAGUAGAGAGAGAGAGAGAGAGAGAGAGAGUGGGAAUUAUGUUGUGGGCUCUUCUUUAUGGACACAUACAACACUAACCACUGCCGCUAGUUGUAGUUGGAAAGAAGUGAAUUUUGUAGACCAAUUUCAGUCAAAGCAGCAAGUUCCCCUGUGCCCCAGCUUUUUGCCUAUGGCUACUACAUUUUAUGGAGCCACUGCUUUGCACGAUGACGAUCAUCUUAAACCCCUUAUCCGCGCAUCCCUUGAUUUAGUACAAUAAAGAACGG